AUGACGUACGCUGCAAUGGGAAGCUAUGUGCCAAUUUCUGACCUAAACAUAAACAUCACACACUCGAAGGUGGUUGGGGUAAUAAUUGGAAAAACUGAUUCAAGAGGAUUUCCUGACCGAAAAAAUGUUGGCUCAGAAAGAUUUACUUUCAGCUUCACCAUCAAAGAUUCACCAGAACAUUUUAUCAAUGUGUCUGCAUGGGGAAAUGAGGAAUACAUUCAAGCACUGAGCUGUCGCUUUCAGAUUGGGGAUUGUGUUGUAAUUGAAAAUCCACUCGUUGUGACCAAAGACUAUGAGAAAGAAGAACGUUUUUGCCCUUCAACACCUAGUUCCUACAGGUUGUUACUUACAGAGACUCACUCGAGCAUUAGGAUAUGCUCAGAUAUAGACACAGAGGCCAGGAUUCUUCCGCUAUUUCACAUACCAAUCAAAGACCCGAGAGAUUUCUAUUCAUUGGGAGACAUUACUGCAAAUGGACAAAGUCUGGAUGGACACGUUAUUAACAUCCUAGCAGCUGUACAAUCGGUUGGAGAGGAGAAAUUCUUUACAAAAUCUGGUGGCCGCAAAGGACAGAGGAUUGAAAUAAAGCUCUUUGAUGACACUGGGAGAUCAUUUCCUUUUGUUUGUUGGGAUAAAGAGAAUAUUCAUCUGGUACAAACACUGACACAACGAGAAACAGUGCUGUUCAUUGCAGAUGCUCGUAUCACCUUUGACAGUUUUCGCAAAAGUAUGGUGGCAACAGCGAUCUCCAAAACAAUCAUCACCGUCAACCCUGAUACAGCAGAAGCAAAUCAGCUGUAUACAUUUGUCAGGGAACUGUUACAAUCUGGAGAACUGGAUGACCAAGACUUCCUCUCUGGUGAUGAUGUGCAGUUGGAUUCCAUUAGAGAAGUCCUGACAGUAAACCAACUUAAAGCCAGAAGUCAAGAAAAUGCAGAUGCCAUUCAUUGCAUCACAUAUGGAUUCAUCACCUGUUUUGAUCUGGGUUCCUCUCCCUCCAAAAUCAUAAGCAAGAGAUGUGUCAGAUGCAAAUUUCGAAUCAAUGAGGAGAGUUGGACGUGUUCCAGUGACAUAUGUCCAAAUCAAGGACAAGAGCUCCAGGCUAAUGAAUGCUUUGAUGUGCUGGUGGACAUCAGUGACCACACUGGCACUUUGCAGUCAUGCAACCUUGUGGGCACGGUGGCUGAGAAAACCCUGGGCUGUAAAACAGAAGAGUUUCUGUGUCUGUCGGAAUCUCAGCGGACAAGCCUGCAGUGGAAGUUUCUUCUGGAGAGAUGCAAAAUAUAUCUGAAGGUUCUUCCAUCUCCCAGAAGGAGAAGUGGAAUGAGAGCAGACAUCUUGUCAUGCGGACUCGCUGACCCUGUUGAAGUGAAGCAAAACCUUGCCUCAUUUGUGGUUUGAUGUUUUGCAUCAGCAACCAAACAGCACAAAACAGUUCCUCAUAUGAGAUCAAAUCGAUUGUAA